UCGAAAUUGAAAAUGCUUGCGUCAGAUACAAAUGCUGUCGAUGACCCUGAGCUAUCGGAAUCGGAAGAUGUCGAUGAGAUGUCAAGGACACUGCCAUCAUCAUCCGAGCUAUCAGAGUCAUCGAUGAACUCUGCGCUUUUGAAUGUCUUCGGGUUACGACCCAUGUUGCCACAGUAGACUCGGAAGCUAAGAUAUCACAGUACUACAAUUCGUCAAAAUAUCGCUAAGUCCUUUUUCGGUCUAUGUUAUCUUUUGUUUUACAUCGAGGCGCCAGUACCAUUACAUAUGCAAACGGCUGUAAAUCUUUGCUCCCGACUUCCAAACAGAUUUUGGACUGACUGCAUCUUCUGCUACUCGAAGAAUAUGACAUCAAACUCAGAAGAGCCCUCGUUCGUUUCUUUCAUUCUGAAGCCAGGUUCAUCUCUCCACCCGACAUUUCUUUUCGCUGUCGAUGCUGCCUUUGCACUACUGUUCUUCGUCUUCCUUUGGUCAGCGUACCUAACGAAAGGCAAUCCACACUUCUUCGUUUUGAUGGGUAUCCAACUCGCUCUGUGGGCGAGCGUAAAGUGGUACGUUGUGUUGGGCAUACAAAUGUUGAACAGUAAACUGAGGUCAAUGCAUAGGUUUGUGCAAGAGCUUAAGAAAAUUCCUCCUGCGAAUGAGACGACCAAUAUGGAGACGAAUACAGACAAAAAAGAACAAUGAUUUAUGGUAUACAUAACGCAGAGCAAAUUUUAGAACUCUUCACCGACGUGCCUUGUCAUUUCCUUCAUGCCAUCGUUUCAUUCGUUUUGCGCUUUCUUGAGCCAGCGCAAACACUAAAGUACAGACUGCCCUUCUCUGAAUGACUGUGCGGUAUCGGUAGA